UACAGCCUUCCCCAUCUGGCAGCACUGGCUCACGUUUAGCCGUUAUUGUUCCAUCUUGCAAUGCUCGCAGUGGAGUGCUCUUUCCAAUGAUAUCUACAUACAAGUUGAUUGUCACAGUCAUGGUGGAUAUUACAAAUGAAAACUUCGAACAGCUUUGGCCAUCUAUAAAAGAAAAUAUAGACAAAGCAGUUUUGAUUGGCAUUGAUUCAGAGUUUUCUGGUAUCAGAUCAUCAUCAAAACUCAAGAACAGCCUGUUUGACUCCAUGCCGGAGCGGUACGCCAUCCAGCGGCAGAAUAUCUCCCCGUUCACCAUCACCCAGUUCGGCCUGACGGCGUUCGUCCGCUCCACGGAGCGCGCCAAUACCUACGUGGCGCACCCGUACAACUUUUACCUGUGUCCGCCGUCGUUCGGACGCCUGGACGCGCGCUUCAGCUGCCAGGCCUCCAGUCUACAGUUCCUACGCCGGUACCGGUUCGAUUUCAACAAGUUCAUAUAUGGAGGUGUGCCGUUCCUUCGUGAAGAGGAUGAGGCUAUUCUGCGGGAGGAACUUCGCCUUCAGAUGAACAGCGGAAAGGACAGGGCCAAUGUUGAUGAACAUUUCAUCCAGGACGCGUGCUCCUCGGUGUCCCGGUGGCUCUCCGGGACCGGAGCCGGAGAUCCGGGCGGCUCCGGGUCCGGGACCGUGUCCGGGUCCGGACCCGGGUCCUCCUGGUCGGUAGACGCGCCGGACACCAACCUCUGCUACCUCCUGCAGAAGGAGCUGCGACAGCGUUUCAGGGAAAUCUGGACAUCGGCGCAGGGAAACAACGUACUGGUGACCCGUGUGACCCCAGCGACGCGCCGUGACCUGGAGGCCACCGAUGACCUCGACGAGCAGUUCGUCUCCACAAUGGUGGGCUUCUCGCGGGUCAUUCGCCACCUGCGGGCCCGUCGGAAGCCGCUGGUGGGACACAACUGUAUGCUGGACCUGAUGCUGAUUCACCACCUGUUCAUCGCGCCUCUGCCCGCUGAUUAUCAUCAGUUCAAGGAGACGAUUCACUCGUGGUUUCCAGAGGUUUACGACACGAAACACAUCGCACAUACCGUAAAGGAUUUAUGUCCCCAGCAAGUCGGUGAGCAGGUGAACGGCGCCAGUCUGAACAAACUGCACCAGGGUCUGACCUCACACACGGGUAGCACGGUGGUACUACACGCGCCGGCCGUCGUGCUGACCGACCAGGCAGCCAGAUACAACGAGGAGUCUGCCCACGAGGCGGGCUAUGACGCCUACAUGGCUGGCUUCUGCUGUCUGCGAUUGGCCCACCUCCUGGCGCAUAAGGACGUCACAACUGUCGACCUUCACCGUCCAAUGAGCUCCCGGGAGCUGAUGUCGGCGCUGGUGCCCGUCAGAAACUCCGUGAACGUCAUACGCGGCACCGUCAACCACUUGUCGCUGGAUGGUCCCGAUCCGGUCUCGGAGCGACCUCGCUGGUUUCAUCUGGCGACCAAAGGCGAGCGGCCGCUUGACGUGACCGAGGUGGUCCAGCUUCUUUCCCAGUACGGUGCGGUGGACGUCCGACCCUUCUCGUCACAUCAGGCGCUGGUGGCUGUAGGGAACUUCAGGUGUGCCAAGGACGUAAUGCGGGUGUUCAAGAAGGACAAACGCUACUCAAUCGCGCAGUACAAUGUACUGAAACACUCUCCUCUAGUCAGAACUCUACUCUGGUCCAGUGUGCUCGUCAGCGGUCUGGGCGCCGCAUUCCUGCUCGUACAGCUGCGGAAGUGAUCUCCGACAGCAGAUCUCGGCCAAUGAUGACGUCACAAUGCAGUGCAUGACGACCUCUGUGCGCUGGUUGUUUUUUUUUAUGGACUUACGUCGGUUGUUUGGGUGGUGCAAUGUCUUGUAUCGGCUGCUGACCAAUGCACCUGACUGUGAUAUUGUGGUAUUUGUAUGAAAAAUAUACGACGUUACCUUG